AUGGACAUCUACACGACGUCCUUCUGCCUGCCGCGAUCCUCGGCUUUGUCGACAGACCUCGUCGCGUCCCCCUCUUCCUCCUUCGACCUCGCACCGCAGUCUCCUACUUCCGCACAACCAGCACAACAGGCCCAGCAAGCUCAGCAGCGCGCACAAGGACACCAGGCGAGUCAGUCGGAUGGAGCGGUUGCGGUUGCGACUCCUUCAGCCGCUGCGUCGUCUGCCAGCCCGACUGAAGCCAGCUCGGCGACACGGGGUCACUCGACGUCGAGCAGUGUCGGAAGCGGGCAGGGCGCGGCAGGAACGGAUGCCACAAGCGUGACGGGCGGAGGAGGAGCGACUGGAAACGGCACGACCGGAGGCGACGGCUCGCAGACGGACGGGACCUCCACGGCCGGCACUGCACCGACUUCGAAGCGCAACAGUGUCGACUUCAACGAUGCGAUGCAGCGCCUGUGCGUCGACACGAUGGCGGCGCACCAGUGCAUCGUCUCGUUCACUCCGAUCGAGCCGACGUCGCCUGUUGUCGGCGCUCCGCCUCAUACGCCUUCGAUGGAGACGAAUGGAGCGGCGGGACAGGCGGGAGAGAAGCCGGGCAAGAUGUACAACGUGCACUUGAGCGGAGGGUACCAGCAGGUCAUGGCUGCGCGGGGACACGUUCUUCGCGAGAGCCCCUUCAAGCGCAAGUCGGUUGUCAAGGUCCCUCGCGCCGAAGUCCUCGACGGCAAGGAGAACGUCAAAGUCGAGAUGCGCCGCAAGCUCGACGAGAUCGCCUCGCUCACCAAGGCGCACCUCGCCAUCGUCGGUCAGGCGACGGCGUCCAUCGGCUUCGGCCUCGAGACGGAGAGGAACGUUGAGAUUGUCAUUACGGGCCCGUAUGAGAGCGUCGAGCAGGCGCGCGUUAGGCUGCUGGUUCUCCUUGACGAACUGAGCGGUCUGCACUCCGAGGUCUGCGAGAUCGACUACAAGCUGCACCCCAUCCUCUCCGGCCGCAAGCGCUGCGUGAUCCAGACGAUCCAAGAAGAGACGGCGACCAACAUCUACUUCCCGACUCCGCUCUCCGGCGUCCUCGGCCAGAAGAACCUCAGCCUGCUCGCCAAGCAAAACCUCAUCUUCAUUACGGGCGAGUUUUUCGGCGUCCAGCGCGCGAGGGACAUGUUGUUUCAGGUCUCGCUGCACAAGAGCAAGUGCAUCAUCUCGCGCGACACGGCCAUCCUCCCUCGCAAGCUCGACUGGAUGCUCUCGGACCGCCUCGAGGACAUCAAGCAGAUCAUGAACGACAACGGGACGUUCAUCAGCUUCCCGCCCAUCGGCAGUCAGGCCAGCCUCAUCUCGGUUUACGGAGACCACCGCGUCAACAUCGAGCGGACGAUCCGGUCUAUCAUGGCUCUCGCCUGCCAAUUCUACGUCGCCUCGUUCUGGCUCCUCCCCGCCUCCUUCGACGUCUUCAUGCCGCCUCCGACGAUCAACCCCGCACAGAUCCCGCCCAUCCUUCGCCACAUCAGCGUCACCUCGGGCGCCGAAGCCGUCUUCAAGAGCAACUGCUUCGAGUUUCACGGUCUCGAGAGCGAAGUCAGAGCGGCAGCCCAGCUCGUGCUCGAGCUCGACUUUGUCAAGGCGUUCCACCACGAGAUCCGCUUCCAGAUCGAGCUUGCCAACGAGCACCGCGAGUUCAUCUCGGGUAAGAAGAACGGCAAGCUUAACAAGAUCAUGAAAUCGGCGAACGUCAAGAUCAAGUUCGAGACGUUCAACGACUACAACUUCCUGAUCGAUGUCGCCGGCAACGACCCGGGCGUCCUGCAUGGCUUGACGAUGCUCCAGGAGGAGUUGCCCGCCGAGAUCUCGUUCCACGUUCCCGAAGCGUACCACAAGCGCAUCAUUGGCGUCGGCGGCAAGAACAUCCAGCGCAUCAUGAAGAAGUACGGCGUCUACGUCAAGUUCUCGAACGCCGAAGAGUUUGCCGCACUCGGCGGCUACAACGACAACGAGGACAACGUCGUAGCGCGUACGCCCGCCAAGAAUGCGAUGAACCUCGAGCACCUUAAGCAGAGCGUUAUGGAGCUCGUCGCGCCCAAGGACAAGGACUUUAUCGUCGAGACGGUCUCGAUCCCCCGCCGCUACCACCGCACUUUGCUCGGCGAGAAGGCCAUCUUCAUCCACGACAUCGAGGCCAAGACCAAUUCGCAUGUCCGGUUCCCGAACAAGGAGACGGCGAGCGACGUCGUCAGCAUCUUUGGGCCAGAGAGCCAGGUCCACAUCGCCGCCCAGAUGCUCCUCGACCACGUCCCCUUCGAAGCCGAGUACCGCCUGCCCCACUCGACCGAGAUGGCCAACCUCGCCCUCUCUCAGGACUUCGUCAGUUUGACCGAAAAGAUCAAGCGCGACCUCAACAUCACGAUCCUGCCGUGGGUGGACCGCUCAGGCGGUAACGAGGAAACCAUCAUCCGGUUCUGCCUCAACCGCUCGAACGUCGAUUUCCUCGCAACGUGCCGCGACCUCGUCGAGGAGUACCUCGUCCAGCGCAAUAUCAACCUGUACCCAGGCUCGCUCCGGCCGAGGUCCGACUCGUUCGCCGACGUCUUCGCGCCGUUCAACAGCAAGCUCCUCUCGACGUCGACCAUGACCGGCGAAGGCGACGCUCGUCCAGACCCUCGACCCGGCUCGGACCGCAAGCUCCGUCUCGCUGCGUCGUCGCCCAACAUCAAGGCGAUCUUCGACGCGAACCCAGGUGGAUCGGCGCCCGCUCACCCUCAGCACCCUCCGCGCUACCCUUCCGCCGGCGGUCCGAUUGCCGAGGUGCCUCCGCAGGUCGAGGCGAUGGGUGCCGGUCCAUUCGCGCCCUUCUACCCUGCUCCGCCCGUCCCUCGCAUCCCGCCUCAGUACGCCCAGCACCAGCCUCCGCCUCACCACCAUCAAGUCUCGCCGGCGCACCACCCGCACUUCGGUCCCGGUCCGUUUGCAUCGGCCGUCCCUCAGCCGCACCAGAUGCCGCCUCACCAAGCCGACUACCACUGGGGCGUCCCUCGGCCGAUGCAGGGCUUCCCGUCGCCCGUCCCGGCUGCAGCGCCCGGCUACCCUAGUGGUCCCGUCUCGCCCGCUCCUGGUGCCGGCUUCGCCCCGAUUGGUCCGUCGCACGCACAGUCGCCCGCCGCUCGCUACGAAGACGGCUUCCGCUCGCCGCUCCAGCGCAGUCACCACGGCCCAUCGGCGUCGUUCUCCGUCGCGCCUUCCGCAGGCGCUGGGCACGUGGCGUCCGGCUACUCGACGCUCGCCCAGUCGUCGUCUGUCGAGGACAAGUUUAAGGACUUGAGCGCGACGUCGCCAAGCGGUGGUCGCCAGCCUCGCUCGCUCGCAGGUCGCGCGCAGAGUCUCGACCUGAGCCAGCACGCGGCUGCGUUCACGCGAGCGAGUACGGCGCCGCGUCACGAGGCGGUCGACGAGGUGGCGAGCGUCCUUGGCGGGCUCGGACUCAACUAG